AUGACUAAUAGCACCUCAGAAGAUGAUUUGAAUCGACUCAAUUCCUUAUUAACUCAUCGAUGGAUAGAUUUCAACCCCAAAUCAACACAGAUAAAUGGCUAUUACGAAGAUUCAUGUCAUGCCGGUCUACACAAAGUUGAUAAACCUCCAUUACGACCUUUAUAUGACCAAGUUGGAGUUAUCCCCAAAUUAGAUCAGGUACUUGAUUGCAAGAAAUUUCUUAUAAAUAAGAAUGAUAAUGAUUUAGAUGAUUUCUUGAGUGACCUUGAGCUUCUUGAAAAGGCACCAUUAAUCAAGAAUAAAAUUAAUGUAAGUACGCUGAUACCUACACCAACAGUAUCAACAAGAGAUCCUGAGUCUCUAGAUGAUCCAGACUUUGAAAGCUUGUUGGAAGACAGUGAGCAGGAUCCAAGGGCUGAUGCUCCUGAGAACACUGAUGCUACGGAAGAUAUCAAUACCAAGUUGGAAAAUGCCAAAAUGGAACUGGAACUCGGAUUUGCUAUGAGAACAGAGGGCCACUUAUUUCUAGGUAAUAAAAGUUUCCAAAACAUAUUGACUCUCGAAAUAGAUGAUUAUGCUUUUAUUGAUACCUCGAGGUCUAACUUUCCUUCACUUCUAUUAGUUAUCGAAAAGGGAACUAACAUACUGUACACAAUUGCUCUUUUUAAGGAUAUCAAGAAAUCGUUUGUUUUACAGUAUUGUUAUUUAACGUCAGUAAAUCCUAGACAUUUGCGUGGCAAGCCCCUAAAGUUAUUCACAGAUUUAAAUAAUCAUACUUUUGCUGUAGUUGGGCCUCAUUCCUUUUGCAAAAUAUUCCGGUUUAAAAACUAUUUACAGUUCGAGUAUCUUACAACUAUAAAGUUUUGUGAUGUUGUCGACAUUUUCUUCAAGCAGAUUGGCACUGACGCUACUAAUUGCAUCACUGAAAUUAUUUUAAUAAAUAAAAAGGGCAAAAUUCUUUUGAUCCAAUAUGACUAUAAAUUGGACAAGAUCAUAAAGAGGCAAACAAGUUAUAUUGGUAUUCAAGACAAAAAUGAUAUUAUUAGAUCUGUUUUUAGUCUAUCAAAAGAAGUGUUAUUUUUAUUAGGCAAAGAAAAUCAAUAUGUUGCGCAUAAGAGCAAUAUCCUUAAUACAGAGCCCGCGGAAAUAAAACAAUUUAAGCCAUUUCAUAAUAAGGAAAUCAAACUAUUUGAACUUCCCUGCCUAAUUUCGGAAAUCAAGGAAAUUUGUCCAACUAUCCGUUAUACUCACUCUGUCCUAUAUUAUACUUCAUCUUCAAAUGAUAUGGGCAUUAUGUUUUCAGAUUCUAGUGAUAUUCUAGAAGCAAUUUUUAUAAAAUUGUCGUUGAGUGUGGAAGCAGAAAAUGCUCCCUUUAUUCCUAUGUGUUGCUUUCCCUCAGAAUUACAAGAUGAAGUUAUACUAAGAGCAUUUCUUUAUAAAGGAUUUAUUGACAUACCAAUCAGGCUAUCAGAUGAAAUGAUAAAAACACUAGAAGAACCAAGCAUAUCAUUUUCAAUUGUAUCACUACCAUGGGAAAUACAUGAGUAUUGGGAGCCACAAAUUUGCCUUGGUACAUCAGUUGUUUCCAGUUGGCCGAUUAACCACUCUAGCAUAUUUGUCGAGUAUCGAGAUAGAUUUAGGACUUUGAAUCUAUUUGGGUCCAAUUUAAUGGCCAGAAGAAGCUUGAAUAUUGACUAUCUUGCAAAGUUUGAUACAAUUUUACUUUACUACUGGGAUGAUAUGGGAGAUUCUGUAUCCUCUCUAAUCUUUUCAGAAAAUGAAAGAAAGGAUGACUCCUGUAUGCUUGUUGCUUCGAACAAAAAGGAAACGCUCUGUCAACUUUUAACUGCUAAUGAUCAUGAUAUAGAUGUUACCUUCCUUGAUGAUAUCAUACCUUGUGCAUCUACCACAUGCCGAGCAAUUCUGUUCUUUCAUGACUUGGUAUUGCAGAUAUCCGCUUUUAGUGUUUAUGUAAAUAAUCUCUCUUCUGAAGGUGGAACUACUACCAGGAAGGUAUUCACUAGUGACCAUCAGAUUGUUAAAUUUACUAUGUUGGAUGGUACCUGUCUAUCCUAUUGUUCAAACGACACUCUAUAUGUAUCUGAAAGCAUCGUUGAUGUACUGGAUGAAAAAGAUGAAUUUUAUGAAACUGCAUUACUAAAGGCUUUAAUCUGUCUUGAUACUGAUGCGCCAAAAAUUGAUAGCGAAAGGGGUUCUUCGUCGCAUAAUUCUAGCCAAACUAAUGAUAACCAUAGCAAUUGUAUCGUUACAAUUUCAAACAGGACAAACUUGUACUCUGUGAAGAAUCGGGAUUAUUUCAAAGACAAUACUUAUCUGAUAGAUAUCGACCUUGUUUCUCUUAAUGAUUUCAAUGAUAAUACGAUGAUAUUACUCAUUUGUACCACGGUUAGUAGAAUGUUGGUAUUUGAUUGGAGGAAGGUUGUAGACUUUCUUCGAGUAAAAGAAUGUAAAUCAGAAAAGCUACAUGGCAUAUAUGAGGAGGCAGUUUUAUAUAAUUGGAAAGUAACUGGCAUAAGCAGCUCAUCAAUAGGUGAUGGUAAAGUUACUGUUGUUGCUAACAGCGGUAUCUAUUUGUUAGAUCUUCUAAGCAUAGUUCAUGAUGUAAAUAAGGCGAACACUGCCAAGAAGCUUGCACUCAAAUUUGGGAAGGAUGUAAUCAAUCAACGAAAUUCCUGGAAAUUAACUCUGAAACAAACAAUUGGUGAUAAGCAGCUAUUCUUCUAUGAUAAGAGCAUCUAUAUGUGCAAUAUGAAAGAUUAUGAGAAGCCAGAAGGUAUUGAAAUACCCGCGAAGAAAUUUCAGUUUGAUCUUUAUCAAAGCAAACAAGUCUAUGAUGCUAUUUUCGAUAAGGUCUCUAAUUCAAUUUUAGCUAUUGUAGAUGGUGGGUUAUUGGUGCUAAAGGACAUAUAUGAAACCAAAGUAGUGCAUGAGAUAGGGACUGAUGUCCAUGCCGCACCCUCAAGUAACUUCAAUAGAUUACAGUUCCUGUUUGGUGACGGUCGAAACUACAUUCGUGAGGAUGGGUAUGGAAGUCUGCGAUUUGCUGGAGGCAAUGACGUUGGUACCAGUGAUUUUGAUGCUUCGGAUGUAGCGUACGCGUUACGCUCAGAAAGGUUUGAUGCAUAUCAGAUCUUUGACACAAAUCCGAGUAGCCCUCUUGGACUGCUAUGUGUUUGGAAUGGUAUAAUAUGUCUUACUAGGUUGGUUCCUGGUAAACCAGAUUACAUAUUAUCCGUGUUAGACACAUAUGACUUGUAUAGCGAGGAAGUGUGGUUUCAUUUUAGUUCACUGAAGAACAAAUUUGUGGCUACCUAUUCCAAUCAAUGCGAUAGCCCCGCUGUACCAUUUGAAAUAGUUGGUGACCGGCUAGUGCGCAAGCAUCUCAGCGAUGUAUCCAAGUCCAAUGUGUUUUGUGACACUGGAAUUCUAGGUGAGUAUGGUAUUCAAGAGGUAGACGGCGCGCUGUAUGUGCUGGGAGGCGGGUCACCGGCAAAUUGGGCACCCUUCCUAUGCAGUAAAGAAUGUCGCCCUAUAGUGCUGAACAACGACACAGUGGUAGUCAAAUGGGAUGCACGUACCUUGAGGUUCCUUGAGAUAACUAGAGAGCAAGCUACCGCGCCGACGGACCGCAUGAGCGAGGCCCGGGAGAGAAUGCAAGAGUAUUUACGUGAGGCAAGCAAUGAAGACGAGUGGUUUGACCUUGAAGAGAUGCUGAACGUCGGAGACCCACACAAUGACAUAAGCCUGUCUGCCAGCCUGCUACCACACCGCAUUGAAAUAGAUGAGGAUAUAGUAAGUCUGCAGUACGAUCAGUUCACCGACAGAAUCCUCGUGUACACGACCUACAAGAUAUGGGUCAUUACACGCGACCCGCGCAUGGACCUCCCAAGACCACACAGCAUCUCCAUACGCAACUACCUCCCAAGCGACAACGCCCAAACCAAGUUCAUAGCACGCAGAAUAGAGCAAUAG